UUAUAUUACAAAAAAGGGGCUUAUUUUAGAGUCUUCUUCUUCUUCCAACAGAUGAACCUAGUAUGUUUUAGUGGAGCCAAUUCCAGGGUUAUAUCUUCUCUGUGCACAAAUCCCUAUGGGCUCUAUUACAAUUUCUUCUCCACACCGGCGCACAGUAGUUUUUCUCCUAAACCUACGCUUCAGUUAAUUCUUCAACUUCGUUUAGCUUUACAAAACUGAGAGUUUUGAGUUUGGAUUUUUUGGUUUCACCCGAAGGGAACAAACCGCAAUGGAUCCGUGUCCUUUUGUGCGACUCAGUGUGUGUAAUUUGGCGUUAAAAGUUCCGGUUGCUUCAAAGCCGGCGCAUUCCGUCGUGCACCCGUCGUCGUCUCCGUGCUAUUGUAAAAUCAAACUUAAGAAUUUUCCUCUACAGACGGCGGUUGUGCCGUGCAUUUUGUCGGAGAGUCAAUUUCCGGACGGUCAGGUACAAAGCCACGCGGCGAGUUUUCAUCUUAACAAGUGUGAUCUCGAGAAGCUCGUUGCAAAGUCUGUCUUCGGCGGUGGUAAGUUGUACCUGAAAAUCUCAAUCUACACCGGUCGGCGAGGGUCGACCUGUGGUGUGAACUCCGGGAGGUUGCUAGGGAAGGUUGACGUGCCUUUGGAUCUUGCGGGAACGGAGUCUAGGUCAGUACUGUUCCAUAAUGGCUGGAUAGUUAUCGGAAAAGAAGCAAAGAAUUCAAGUGCGCAAUUUCAUUUGAGUGUUAAGGCGGAACCCGAUCCGAGAUUCGUGUUUCAGUUCGACGGAGAGCCGGAAUGCAGUCCUCAAGUGUUUCAAAUUCAAGGAACCAUUCGCCAACCGGUUUUCACAUGCAAGUUCAGUUUUCGAACCACCGGCGACCGCAAUCAGAGGUCCAGGUCUUUGCCGUUGGAGCAUAGUGGUUCGCGAAAUUGGUUGAGUUCCUUCGGAAGUGAAAGGGAACGGCCAGGGAAGGAGCGAAAGGGUUGGUCAAUCACGGUCCACGAUCUCUCCGGUUCGCCAGUUGCAGCUGCGUCAAUGGUUACACCAUUUGUUGCUUCUCCCGGUUCAGACAGGGUAAGCCGGUCCAACCCUGGCUCAUGGCUAAUUCUCCGGCCAGGUGACGGAACUUGGAAACCAUGGGGCAGGCUCGAGGCCUGGCGUGAACGUGGUUCAGCAGACAGCCUUGGCUACCGGUUUGAGCUUAUCCCUGACUCAGCCGCAGCUAGAAUAGUGUUAGCCGAGUCCACACUGAGCUGUAGUAAAGGCGGAAAAUUCGUGAUAGACCUCGGGACCAGCGUUUCAACCAAUGGGAGAUUGACACCUGGGAACUCCACGUCACCGGCGUGUAGUCCUAGAGGUAGUGGUGACUUUGGGUACGGACUGUGGCCAUAUUGCAUGUACCGAGGGUUUGUAAUGUCGGCUAGCGUGGAAGGCGAGGGCGGUGGGAGUAGUAAGUGCAGUAAACCCACGGUGGAAGUUAGUGUGCAGCACGUGAAUUGCACGGAGGAUGCAGCGGCAUACGUGGCUUUGUCAGCUGCCAUUGAUCUCAGCAUUGAUGCUUGCAGGCUUUUCUCUCAAAAGCUUCGCAAAGAAUUAUGCCCUUCUCAGGAUUUACUCUCCUGAGUAGUCUUUUUUAACGGUUUUUUUUUUUCAUUCCGUUGUUUUUUUUUUACUGUUUUUUUUUGUGAGUGGUAAAAUGAUGGCGAUGGGUUUUAGAUUUCGUCGGUCAUCACUAGUUAAAAAAAUUGGCUGAUUGUUAGUACUGCUAACGAAACAUUAGGCUACUUUCUUCAAUAUGUACAGAGAGAGUGGGGGAUUUGACUGACAGGGCAUUUUGCUGUUUUUUCUUAACUUGGUGUGUUGCUCUUGUAAACUUUUUCACCAUUUCAAGUUGUCAAUGUCAAAGCUGGUGUUUUCUUUUCUGGGUAAA